AUGGCAGCCACGGAUAUACUCAUGACGUCCGUGGAGGCGAUACCCAAAGUGCUUCCGACGCAGAAGUUGGACGACGGAAGUAUGCUAAAUCAGGAAACCACGAUGUGCUUCUAUCAAAUUCUCGUCUACUCGUGCGGAUGCACAACCCCCGGCCCCUUCAAGCAAUGCCCCCCACAACUCGGCACCAACGUGAGGUGCACCAGAUUGGGCCCAAGGCAGCAACAACCUGUGGGCAAUUAUUGCCCACGACAUCUGGUCACUAGGGGGGCAAGGAUCGUCUACGCGAGGCCGGGUGGGCAAUGGCAACCAGUUGCCGAUAAUUGGGGGCAGGAGGAACAAGGGGGUAACGGGGACGAUGCCGAGGCCGAGGAGGACAAAGCCGAAGAGGAGGAAGAAGGGGAGGAGGAGGAAGAAGAAGAAGAAGAAGAAGAAGAAGAAGAAGAAGAAGAAGAAGAAGAAGAAGAAGAAGAAGAAGAAGAAGAGAAAGAGGAUGAUGAGAGCGACAACAAUCGCGAUCCGGAUUGGCAUCCUUGA